AUGAGGAGGACAAUCCGUGCCGGCGAGAGACUCUCCUCUCCCUGGCUAUAUCCAUCCCGACCGAGAGCAUUAGACUGCCGUCUCCAUGUCUACAACUCCACCACGCGACACAGGGUGGUCAAUCCCACCGGGCGCACAAGAGCAGUCUCCUCUCUAAGCUCAUCAUCUUCUCAGCCAUUGUCCUCCUCCCGUCAUCAACGCAGACGCGACACUCAUCCCAACGACACCGUCCGCGAAUUCAAUACUAGAAACAACAAUCUUAGCGCUACUGUCCACUCCGCACACGAGGCCAUAGAGCAGGAGGAACCAGACGAAGCCUCCCUUUUCGAAGCCGAAGUCAUCUUUCCCACCUGGGAGUCCCCCGAACAAGAACACGAAUAUGCAGAGAAAUUCAUUCGCGUCAUUGAAAGUGGCCAGCCCGAUCAAGUGAUGAAAGCAAUGACUGACCCACGGUCGGCGGGGCUGGUCGGGUCACUACCCCAGACUGUCUUCCUUGAGGCGCUCCACCUUCUCUCCCCGACCCAUUUUGUGGAGCCCUUCCGCGACCUCCACCACCCCAUACACAACUGGGCCGUGCUUGUCAAUGGCCUCCGGCGUACCGAGGAAAUUUUUGAUACUUUCGUAAAGGAUUUGUUCACCGUGGUCCGCUAUCGCACAGCGAGCGGUCAGAACUUGCAAUUGGCGGAAUUUACGCACCUCCUGGACUGCGCCCGGUCCAUGGGCAAUGGCAAUCUCGCGGAUCAGGUCUGGGAGACUAUGAGUAAGAUGGAAGUGAUUCCGGAUACGGUGUGCUACAACCACUACAUGGAGGCAAAAGUAUGGGAUCAUUGCUAUACCGGACGGGAAGCUUACCGCAUGCGCGUGUCUCCAAAAGGUUAUAGGAAGCGGCGCAGCGAGGAGCAAGUGCUAGGAUGGCAGGGCUUUGGAACCGCGCAAAGGAGUGUUCGCAAGUUUGCCCUACGACUUUUUGGUGAGAUGCAAGCCGAGGGUCACCUGGGUGAUGAGCGCACGUAUAUCAACUUAAUGCUCGCUGCAGCGCGGGUAGGCCAUAACCGGGGGAUGAAACAUAUUCUGAAGGAAGUUUGGAAUGUGGAUACCGAAGCUCUAAAGCUGGAGCCCGACAAUUCAAAGGUGCCACCAGUAACACCCUACGACCAAUGGUCUGCACUGCAUCCGACCGAGAAUCUGCUGUUUGCCGUGGCCCACGGCCUGGGAGUGAACAAUGACAUUGCGGGCGCGAUACGAACGGUCCAGUUCAUCUCAUCCUCAUACAAUAUCCCGAUUCCCGCAAAAGUCUGGCACGAGCUAUUCGAGCGAGCGUACGUUCUCUCGCGCCAGCGAUCAUCAGCAAGGGAAACGAGCAGAACCGAGAAAUAUACCGAAUGGGCAAACUCUGUAGGCCGAGUCUCCAUCGAAAUCGUGCAAUCAAUCUUUGACACCAUGACCUCCGAGCCCUACAAUGUGACCCCGACACUACAAGAAUGGCGAUUCAUGAUCAACACCAGCAUUGACAACGGUCGCCUGGAAGAUUGCAAAGACUACAUCCGCGGCGCAUACAAUCUCUUAGAGCAAACUCAGAAACGACAGGCCGAGGCACGCACAGUCGUAAUGAGAUGUCUAUCACCGGCCCUUGAAGCCGCGCAUCAACAAAUGCGACAAGGGGCUACAAGGCCGGAUCCAGAGUUAUUCCGAACUCCCAUCCUCGCCGAAGCAAUUCAAACCUACGACAUCAUCCGACUCGAAGUCUGGCAACAACUCUACCUCCUCCAGCGCGUCUUGUACGUCGCCGUCCGCGUCCCAAGCUGGAAAGACAUCUCAGACAAAGAAUGGCACCACCAAGAACGACCCAAAAUGCUCGAAGAAUGGGUAGACUUCAUCCCCAGCAAAAUCCAACUCUUCUACGGCGAAAACACGGGUCACAUCGAAAUAGUCGGCGCUAAGGGCUUCGGCAGUCGAUAUUACACCUCCGCUUACAACGGGAUUCCCGUACGCCGCCAAUCCGAUCAGAAACAACUCUUCGAUGCGGGUAUGCGGAUUCCCUGGACCGAGCAAGGUAAAUGGGAUGAUGUUGCCGCGCGACAUCCCUACUUGGAUCGCACGGCGGCACCGCUGGAUAGACUGUUUUUGUUCCAAUUACGCUCUUCGGAUGAGUUUUACGAGGUUGUGAAGAAAAUGCGGAAUACUUGGACUGAGUAUCCGGAUGGGCAUGAGUUGUCUACGAAGACGAACCCUCAUAGUGGGUUGUAUGGUCGUCUUGCGGCGUUGGAUAUGCUUAAGCCGAGGGAGAGCAAGAGUGUUUUCUUGUUGGAUGAGCAAUCCUGGAUUUAG